AUGCCUAAACCGGAAUACAAGGCUCCAUCUUUGUCGAAGAAUGACUACUACAAGAAGCCAUCAGUUCCAGAAGAUAACUACGAGAAGGUGCCAUCUGUUCCAAAAGAUAACUCAUACAAGGUACCCUCAGUGCCUAAACCAGAAUACAAGGUACCAUCUUUACCUAAGAAUGACUACUACAAAAAACCAUUAUCUUCCCCUCCACCACCCUACUACUAUAAUUCACCCCCUCCUCCUUCACAUCUCCACCACCUCCUUACCAUUAUUAAUCAUCUUCAACUCCUUCUCCCUUACCACCUUCUCCACAUUAUUAAAUUUUCAUCUUGCAUAUUCAACAUGCUUCCCAAGUUAGCCCUUCUUUCACUAGCACAGCAUCCAGGAUCUCUCUCGUGA